AUGACACUGGAGCGGCGCAAGCUGAAGCGCUCCAUUCCCUCGCUGCAGAACCUCGACCAGGACCUCUUCUACGACAUCAAGCGCAUCUUCGUCUUCGGCCGCGAGGGCGACGCCGGCUUCUUCAUCACCAAGAAUGACUACGUCUACGCCUACGGGAAGAACAGUUGCGGCAUGCUGGGGCUGGGCAUCUUUGAGCCGGUGCCGGAGAGCGACCCGCAGCAGGUGACGGCCCUCACCAGGCGGAAGAUCACCGAGUUCGCCGCCGGGCGGUCGCACGUUCUGGCGCUGAGCAAGAGCGGACGUGUCUUCUCCUGUGGCUCGAAUGAGUACGGUCAGCUGGGCCUGCCCGAGUACGCCGAAGUGAGCGUACCCUUUGAGAUUGAGUCGCUGCGAAAGGACAAGGUGGUGGCCAUUGCCUGUGGCGCAUUUCACUCGCUGGUACUCACCAGCAGAGGAAUUCUCUACGGAUUUGGGUUCAACUUUUGGGGACAGCUGGGCGUUGGCGGUCGCAAUGAGAACCAUUUUGAGCCAGUGUGUAUAGCCUCGCUCAGAAACGUGAACAUCAUCGAGAUUGUCUGUGGGCAGCACCACUCAGUGGCACUCUCUAGAAAGGGCUUUGGCUCCAACUACUACGGCCAGCUGGGCGUCGGAUCACGCCGGAACGAGGCCAUUCCGGUGACCAUCUGCGAGGACCGGAAGAUCAAGGACGUUCUGAGCUCGCCCUUCAGCAACACCUCGCUGGCGCGGACCAAGAAGAAGCGCGACAGUCUGAUCUUCGGCAAGUGCGGCGACCACUGGCUGCUGUCGCCGAUGAGCAAUCCCGAUCCGGAGUCGGCGAAGAACAACAACAGCGAGGCCUUCAUCAAGGUCAACCACAUGACGGCCAAGUCGGCGGUGGUGAAGAGUCACAAGAAUCGCUGGUGGACAUCUACAUCGCAGAUGAAACACAGCAACAGCCAAUCAGCACAUCACGUGCCUUUUACGCUCUUCCACGAAGAGGAGCUGUAA